GUCGGGGCGGAGCUCGGUUUGAACGCGGAGCGGCGGCUGCGGGGCCGGGGCAGGUAACGGGCGGCCGUGCCAGCGGAGGAGGGGCGCGCCGAGGGCCGGUGGUACGCUGCUGUGCGCUGCGGUGCUGUGCGCUGCGGUGCUGUGCGCUCCCCGCCCUGCCCGGCUGAGGGUCGCGCGUGGCCGCCCCGGGAGCGCCAACAUGGCGCCAGGACAGCCGGGGGUCGGGGCAGCGGCAAAGCGGGGCACGGAGCGGGGCGGCGGGCAGAAGGAGAUGAUAAGGGGAGCCCUGCGGGCACGCUGGGGCCUCCUCAGGAAGGAGGGAGUUGGAGUAGGGUUCCUGUGGAGGAUGCAACCAUAAGGAAACAGUGUGUGUGGAGUGUGAGCACUUGGAAGCAUUACCGUCCUGGGAGGCAGCGUGCAAGGACUGUGGCUCUUGAAACCAACCUGUUAGGCUGUUAAGACUUCAGAGGAAUAUCAAGAUACCAAGAGAAACACCAAGGCCCUGAGGCUGCCAUGAGCUACUCACCCCCUGCACCCAUGGCUGGAGCAAACACAGUGGAAGAGCAGAGGGCUCGCUGGGAGAGAAAGCGCAGCCGCACAGCCAAGGAGCUGCUGGAAACGGAGCACAGAUACCUCGAGCAGCUGGAUUUGGUGGUGACGUUCUUUGUGACAAUUUUAAAGGCCAAAGGGACACUGAAACCUGCCGUAAUGGAAACCAUAUUUGGACCCCUGGAAUCCAUAUAUUCUGCCAGCCAAGUUCUGUCGCUUCACCUGGAGAGGGGCAAUUUAGGACUAGGACUGGAGAAUUUCUGUCAGAAAUUGGAGCUUUAUGGUCACUAUGCUGAGAAUUUUGAACAGGCAAAUAAAACCUUGAUGGAACAAUUGAGGAAAAAUAAAUCAUUCCGACGUUUUAAGAAGCUCCAAGAAACUCGACCUCAGUUUCAAGGGAGAAAGCUAGAGGAUUUGCUUCCUUUGCCUCUGCAGAGGUUGCACCAGUACAAGCAUUUCCUCAGAGACCUGCUGGAGAACACCAGCCCAGCCAGUGCUGAGUACCAGAAACUUGCAAAGGCUGUGAAAUCCGUUUCUGAGGUAUCUCAAUGGGUUCAGGACAUUGCUUGUAAGAGAGAGAACUCACUGCAGCUACACAGGGUUCAGAAACUCCUCAAAGGACAGAAGACCCGGGUGUUGACUCCAGGGCGCUGGUACAUCCGGGAAGGCUGGCUUUUGGUUGUGCCUUCAAAGGGCGACGAAUUGAAGCGCAGGAUGUUCUUCCUUUUUUCUGAUAUCUUGAUUUCAACAAAGCCCUGCCACCCACUGCAUCUGCUGAACUCCACUAAAUUUGCCUGCACAGCUGUCUACCCUCUUCACCAGUGUGUAGUGGAUAAGGUGUUUGGCCACACUCAGAGCGAGGGAGGGCUCCUCAGUCUUUCCUUCCCACACAAGACACUGUUGUUGAUGUCCACUGACCAGCAAGAUAUUAAUGACUGGUACCAGAGUCUCACAACUGCAGUCAGGCAGCUGAAAGCCUGACCCAUCUGAGUACAAGACAACCCAGCAGAAUGACUGCCUCUCUUGAUAAAAGCCAACGUAACUUCAGGAAACAUUCAGGGACGUACAGUAGGAGAGUUGUGUUUAGAGGAACUACACACUGAACUUGUGAGAGUAGGGGUGCAUUGUCAGCUCUCUUAAACACCCGUGGCAAAAAAUGGGUAUGCACACUCAAUUUGUACAUUAGAGUCUGUGUCAAGACUUCCCCCCAACUUACCUUAGUACCUUCUAGCUUUCCUACCCUUUUUCUUUUGAGAUUAUUAAAUCUAAGGACCACAAGAAGAAACCUUCACUCGCUUGCCUUCAUUAAGUAUUUUUUACCCAAUUGUAUUUCUAAACCACCACUGGCACAUUUGUGUAUCUAUCUUCUCUUACGUCUGGCUUACAAAUUCUUUGAAUAAAAUGGAUGUUUUGGCUACCAAUAA